CGGGCAGUCGGUCGGGUUAGGUUAACCACUAGCCCUGGCCUAGCUACCGCAUGGCGUUUGCGUUAUUAAUUCUCGCGGUAAAUGCCGUACCAAAGGAAUAUCAUCUAACCAUUUCUUUACCCCAAGCCUGCCAGUCGGUCGGGUUAGGUAGAUUACUACCUAACCUAGCUACACGCAUGGCGUUUGCGCUAUUGAUUCUCGCCGUAAAUACCGUACCAAAGGAAUAUCAUCUGACAAUUUCUUUACCCCAAGCCUGCCAGUCGGUCGGGUUAGGUUGAUUACUACCUAGCCUAGCUACAUGCAUGGCGCUUGCGCUAUUGAUUCUCGCGGUGAAUGCCGUACCAACAAAAUAUCAGCUGACUACCGUAGUGCAGCCCGUUGCCGCUCGUGGCUGAAAUAUCAACGGCUUUUAUCUUCCCACCGCAG